AGGUGGAUACUGAACCAAACACGAAGGGGGUGGUUUUUCUUCACAAGGAAAAACAAUUUUCUUUUUUGUACAGCAAAUCUCAAGUCUACCUCUACCGCUGGAUGCCUUACGGUCAGGACUUCUCUCCUAUACUACUGUGCCACUUGUAAAUGCACACGAUGGGCACCUGAGCUAAUUAGGGGCAUGCGUGGGAGGAUGGCUUCAUCAAAGGGCUUUGCUCACUGCUAUGGACAGUACGAUCACCUUGUGGCAGUUCCUCCUCCAACUCCUCCAGGAACCUCAGAACAAACAUAUCAUCUGUUGGACCUCCAACGACGGGGAGUUCAAAUUGCUACAGGCAGAGGAGGUGGCCCGGCUUUGGGGAAUCCGCAAGAACAAGCCCAGCAUGAACUAUGACAAACUCAGCCGUGCUCUCAGAUACUACUAUGUGAAGAAUAUCAUCAAAAAAGUGAAUGGUCAGAAGUUUGUGUACAAGUUUGUUUCUUAUCCGGAGAUUUUGAAUAUUGCUCCACUGAUGGUGGGCAGGAUUGAGGGAGACCCAGUGAUGGCUGGCUUUGCAGAAGUCAGCAGUGCUCCGAAGGACCUGGAAAACGGUGUGAAAGAGAAGCCCCAGACCUGUGCUAAAUCAUCUGGCCGCAAUGACUAUAUCCAUUCAGGCCUGUACUCUUCCUUUACCCUGAACUCCCUGAACUCCUCCGGUGUGAAGCUCUUCAGGUCAGUCAAAAUUGAGAGUCCAGCUGAGAAACUGGUGGAGAAAAAACCUGCUCAGGAUUUGACACCUUCAGUCAUAAAGUUUGUGACCAUGCCCUCCAAAAGGCCUGCAAUUGCACCCCUUGCCUCGGCCACUUCAAUUGUCUCCACUCUUCCUACAGAAUCAGAAGAAACUCUCCAGACCUUGGAGACUCUAGUUCCACCAAAAUUAACUCUCACUGAAGCUCCAGCUCCUUUGCCAAACUUCACCGCCACCUUCACCCCAACACCACCUGUAUCUUCCAUUUCUCCCACUCUGGAGGUUCCUUCCACACCCCCUUCACCACCCUUGAGUUCUAACCCUGACCUGGACAUUGACACGGACAUAGAGUCGGUGGCUUCUCAGCAGUUGGAGCAGUCUCAGAACCCUCAGCACCUAUCACCAGAGCCUAGAGAGCACGAUUUAUCUGUGCUAGAGAAGGAUCUUGCCAAUCAUCUCUCCAGAUCUAAAAAACCAAAAGGGCUGGAGCUAGCUCCCACUCUUGUCAUUACAGGCAGUGAUCCAAGCCCAUUGGGGAUACUAAGCCCUUCUCUCCCUACUGCUUCUCUUACUCCAGCGUUUUUUUCACAGACUCCCAUCUUGCUGACCCCAAGCCCCUUGUUCUCGAGUAUUCACUUCUGGAGCACGCUCAGUCCAGUAGCUCCUCUUAGUCCAGCAAGAUUGCAAGGUGCUAACACCCUUUUUCAGUUUCCAUCAGUACUGAGCAGCCAUGGGCCAUUUACUCUGUCGGGACUCGAUGGACCCUCCACCCCUGGACCGUUUUCCCCUGAUCUGCAGAAGACAUAGCACAUGAACUCCUGGAAAGGACAAAUUGGGGAACAACGGAAAGAGAUGACAUUAAAUGUAAUCCAUUUUUAAAUGAGCAAUUUAUAAUUCCACCCACGUCAUGAACGGUCAUAAUUUUUGCCAUUCCCAGUUCAAAUGCCUUUUUGCAAAAUUCCCUCUUUUGAAGACUAAAUUGGGAAUGCACAUGGAAACGCCUUAAUUGGAGUCCAGGCUCCACAAUCUGUUCUUUGCCUCCUUGGUUAAGAAGUCUCUUACAGGGAGUUUCUGGUGGAAUGCAGUGACUGAGUUUGUAUUGAUUGCAGCAAAACAAUAUCUAUGAAGUCUCUCCUCUCUCACUCUGACACCUCCAUUCUUCUGCUUCCUGUGCUGGGCAUAAAGAAAAUAAUCAUGAUUGAAGCUGGCAUUACAAGAAAAGGGUUUGAGUGCAGCUGUGCCCUGGGGCUAAUGAUAACUUCUCCUGCAACAACAAAACAGCAAAUGUCUCAUGCUAUAAAAACAUCUAAACUUUUUGCAGGGAGACAUUUUUAAGGAGUACUUAUGGUGGUAUAGGUGAAAAGCAGACCAUUGUUCGGAUAGUGUUGCACAUAGGUAAUCCAUCAGUUAAGUUCCCCUCCUUGAAAGGGGGUUGGUGAGCUCCCAGAGGCUACUUGUAAUAUUGUGAGCAGGCAGGGCUCUGAGAGAAAUGGAUCAUGGCAUGAAUAAUUUGGGGUUCCUGAACUGUUUGAAUUCUUUGGUAUUUCUUGAUGGCUAUAUGUACACACAUCUCUGAUGCCUGAUAUCUGUGUACAACCUGUAAAUUGGCUGCUAGAGGAGUAACAAAUCAUGCUAACCUAGGACUCUCCCCACCUCCAUCCCUGGUAUUGGAUAUUCUGUGUGAGAUUGAGGGUUGUCUGUGUAUUUGGCAAACAACACUCUGGGGCUGGCUGCUGCUUGAUGUUCUGGUGUGCAGCUCAAGGGGAAAAAACACUCAAAUUCUCUGCUUUUCCCAGAAAUGAGGAACCAGAAGUGGAGAAUCCCCUCUGCCCAGCUCUUGUUGUCUCAAGUUGUACUUUAACCAUCAUUGCUUUUUAAGUGGAGGAAGUGUUGGAAUUCAUGAAAAGUUGGGUUUGAUGUGUGCAGCUAAAAUAGGAAGAGAAUUGUGCAGUAUCAACAGUAAGGUAAAAUCACGCAUGUUCCAGGUAAACAUGCCUAUCUUUUGGUGGUGAGUAGAUGGGUGUGUGGUGGGGGGUUAAUAUGAGUGUUCUUGAAAGCCAUUUCACACUGAUGAGCUAAGACCAGCAGCUAGGACAAUAACCUCAAGCAGUCUUUUGUGGAAGAGCUGGGAUGUGAAAGAAGCACCUAAGACUGGGGGAUGUCUCAGGUGUUUGCGGUGGGACUUCUGCCAUCCACUGUCAGGCAAUAACUUCCUCCUUGCUACCAAUGUAUAUGCAAUGAGGAUGCACUUGGAUAACCUGUCCGCUAGAAAGUGGACUGAAACUGCACUUCUCUCGGUCACUCUUACUUAGGGUGAUGAGAUAUUCCGAUUUUAUAGGGACAGUCCCGAUAUUUGGGGCUUAAUCUUGUAUAGGCGCCUAUUACUUCCCACCCUGUCCCAAUUUUUCACACUUGCUCUCUGGUCACUCUACCCUUAUCAGCUGUUUCAGAAGAGAUGCUGAAGAUGGGAUGAGCAUGGAGAAGUGGUACUUUCAGAACAGAGUUGAGUCUUGUUAGUGAGGGAAGCUUGCAGUGUUACUCCUUUCAUUGCACCUGUCCUUGAGACAAAGAGAGGACUUUGUUCUCUAGAGCUUUCAAUCUGACACUUUUUGCAAGCUCUGAAUUUACUUUAAAGCAUAUGUGUUUGAGAACGCCCAAAACUGAAUGUAGUAAGAUGAAAGUAGCUUGUUAUAUUCCAGCACUGAAAUACAUACAUCAAUAUAUCAUGUAUCUUUAAUAUUUUACCCUUGAGAAAUGGAUGUUAGAGUUUCUUUUUGGACUGUUCAGCCAGAAAAUCUCUUGUCCCACGUGAUUUCAGAGGAAAGGAUAUCUAGCUUUUGAUGGGAGCAGAAGGGAGUCUGCUGCCUCCCUACCAGAUGAAGUUAAAGGCAUGUUACUAGUUCAGUUUUUGAACAUCAGUAGCUAAUAAUUAGGAAGUCCCAUGCCUGUGGAUCUCAAAAUGACAAUGUGCAAUAUUUACUAGUUUUUAAGGUAGACAUGCAGACAGAAAGCUGCAGGUAGUAAUUAAGAGCAGGCAUCUGGGAUUCUUUGAUUUGCAGGGUGGCUUAUUGCCUACUUAAAAAAUAUAUAUAUAUGUAUGUUUUGUAUAGUCAGCAGCACUUUGUGAUGGUUGUAUUAGGUUGGCUAGCUUUAUGCCCAGUAAGUGUGCAGACUGGAGGGUAGUAUUGUAGAAUGAGGAUGUAUUUUAAAAAAAAAAUUUUCAUGAGCACUAAAAAUUGCAAUUUGAUUGCUUCCCUUUCCCCCAUGGAGAAAAGCCAGGUUUUUUGUGUGUAAAGAUUGCACGUCUUUGAGUGUGUAUUGUUUCUCAUAUUUGUGUGUCAUAUCUCUGAGUACAUGUAAGCAAGAGAACCAAAUGCACAUGCAUGUUGGCGCAGACAUUAGUUUCGCUUGGUCCAGUUUCAUGUUCCCCUCUCAGCAGCUUCGAAGGGAUGCACUGCCAUAACUGGUUGACUAGUAACAUGCACCAUCUGUGAUGAUAUACAUUCACCUUCGUAUGGAUGGGGAGUUGUGUUCUCAUUACAGGAGAAUACCUUCUGUGGAGGUAGUUAACAAGAGAAGCUAAGUUGCAAAUGCAGCUUGUGUGCAUAUGUCACUGUCACUCUAACUUUCUACUUCCUGAUAGAUACCGUUGAGAACUAUUAUUGCUGCCCCUUAACGACUGUGGAGAAAAAAAUUCCCACAUAUGGUUAAAUACUGUCAGGAGGUAUGUUUGGAAAGCAGUGGUAAUAUGAGUUAAAGAAGGGAAGCAGGUUGAGGUGGGGAAGAAGAGGCUUGCUAUGAGAUUAGUUUACAUAGCCUUUUCUCUUUCCCCUUCAUAACUUUUCAGGUCACUUUAAAAAAGUGUCAUUGUCUUGUGUAUAUGGUGCUUUGUAGUGAAAUACUGUAUCCUGUAAUUGCGUAUUUCCUACCAAGUACACAGCUGCCAGCUUUUCCGAUUGGCACAUUCCUGACAGCACUUAUUGCUGUGUGUCAUCCUCAGUUAGUUCAGAUUGUGUUUUGCAGAAGCUUAGGAAAUAAUGAAAGAUGGAUUCCUUAAAUUCAAGAACUCUUGCUUGCGCCCAAAACUUCUCAGGCUUCAACAACUGUGCACUUUUUGGCUUAUGAACAGGGUUUGCAUUCUGAAAGGCCUUGGCAUUCAGUGACUUUGCUUGGGAAAAGUUAUCUCUCUGCUAUGGUUUCACAACCUCAACAUUAUCUAGCAAAUAGAUUCUUUUUGGUCUUUUUAAAGUGAGUUUAACUGUAGUGAAGGCCAUUUGUAUCCAAUUCUAUGGUAUGUAUAUCCUCCUUUGAAAAGUUAAUGUGUUGCAUAAACCAUUACUUAACACGGGAAGAAUCUCUCAUGCAAUCAUCUUUCUUGCAAACUGCAGCAAAUCAAAAUUAUAUACAAGAACUUGAUUGUAACAUCUGUGUAAUUCCACUCACCAGAUGAACAAAAAUGUAUAAUUCUGAUCUAUUUACGUAAAGGUUUUGCAAUGCUGCAUUCAACAGUCUGCAGUUCUGACCAUCUGUUGGAUAUUUGCAGUGUUCUCAUAGCCGUGUUGUUCCCAGGGCAUGGGAGAGACAAGGUGGGUGAGGUAAUGUCUUUUAUUGGACCAACUUCUGUUGGUGAAAGAGUUAGACUUUUUUGUUCUACGGAGCUCUUCUUCAGGUCUUACCAUAUCUCUGUAUCAUCAUAUAUCUACUUUUUAGUUAUCUUUUUGCUACCAUUUUAUAGUAUUUUUAUAUGUAAUCCUAUUUUACUAUACAGCUUCAAAAAUUUUCAAUUGAUGCAUAUUUGUUUACAAGACACAUCUCAAUGUUGUAUCAAGAGGCUAUCUUGGUAUGUGUCAAAACAAAAAAUAAACUAAUUCAGUAGUUAAGGGACAGUGUCACAGUUGACAGACAUUAAAACUUGAUGUUUGGGUUUGUGGGCAUCUGCAAGGAUUUUGCUUGGCAUCUUUCCUUUUCAUGCAAGAAAUAUACCUAAAUUCUGGUCUUUGAGACCUAGGGUUAUGUAUAUUUUUAUUCUGUCUUAAGAAUGGUGCCCAGGGCAUAAUAUGUCCAUUAUUGUAAAGAAAACCCAGGACCCACCAGCAAAGUUGAAAGUGCCAUCACUGUUGCAAUCCUGGUCUUUGGAAAGCUG